GUUGCAAGGUCCCCUCCGCCUUUCUUGCAGCCUCUGAGCAUCAACGGGGACAAGGAGUACCUGGAGGACCUGGACGGCCCCGGCGCCUUCCCCCUGCCACCCGUCAUCGCCGUCACCCUCUGCCCUGCGCACGGCGAGGACGCGGGGCCGCUGCCCCUCAAGGUCGACCUGGACAAGACCGUCCUGUAGCUCUCCUGCCCCUUCCCCGUCACCUCCCUGCCACCUCGCAGUCACCUUCCCCAUGCUGGUGUCCCCGGUCCCGCUCUUCUCCCCCGCAUCCCCAGCUCCCGGUGGGCUCUGCCUUCGUGGUGGGGGGGUCCUGGCUGGAUCCUGCCGUCACCCCCGGGGCCAGCCUGGAGCUUUUCCUCCUCCGUUAACGUUGCUGUGUGUUGGGCUCCUGGUUUCCGGAGCCAAGAGAGGGCUGCCAGCACGGGGAGGCCGGGGGGAGCCCGUCUGCUCCGGAGCAGAGCCCCCCGGGGCCCCCCAGACCUCUGGGCAUGGGUCCAGCGCUGGGCAGGAGGGAGCCGGCUGCGGUGGGGGAUGGAGCACGUCUGCAGCGCUCGGGGCUUUGGCUCGGCACAUCCCCGGCCUCCCACCUUGGGCUGAGCCUCCAAGGCGCCGGCUCCGGCCCUGGGAACUCCCUUCCGCCGGCCGGAGCCGAUUGCCUUGGGGAGCCGAAACGUGGCGAAUGGAUUUGGCGUUGGCAGCCGGAGAGAGCGGCGGAUCUGGCCGCCUCCGUGCCCACGCGAGGACCCAGCCGGCCCCUUGCAGGAGCUGCUGAGGGGCCCCGGGACGGAUCCUUCCCCUCCCUGCUCCGUGAGGCCUCGGGGGUUAUCUGGCGCUGGUGGGACCGAGCAGGGGACGCGGUGGCGUUUCCCUGCCCCGUGCUCCUGGGGCGCAUCCGAGCACAGGCAGAGGUGCUGGGAUGUCUCCGUCCGGGGCUCAGCAUCUCUGCCUGCAUCCCAGAGCGGCUCAGCCCCCGAGUGGCACCAGCUCCGGGUCCCCAGGAAAGUCAAGGACCAGGGCCAGCCCUGGGACCUCCCAGCCAAGUGGAGACCCUCAGGGCUCGCCCCGGCGCAGCUCAGAGCAGGCAGGGCCAUCUCACCAUCUCCCACCCUUCUCCGUCACCUCGUGCAUCGUUCCGUGGUUUGAUUCGCACCGGCAUGUGGUCCCUCGGCCCCUGGCACCCCGUGGGGACACCCCUGGGGACAGCUCGGUGGUGGCAGUCCCUGCCUCCCCGCAGCCACCUAACACAUGUGUACAGAUUAACUUAUUACCCGUGCCCCCCCGCCCCUCGGUUUUUACGCUCUCCCCGUUUUGGGGGGGCUGCGGUGUGUGUCGUUGCGGGGCAGGGGAGGCUCUUGGCCCCGGCCCCCGCCGGUUUCGUGCUGCUCCAUAUCACACGUGCAACAUAUCUGGGUUUUGGGGGAGUGGGCUGGGGGGAGGCGCUGCGGGUGGGGGGGGCUCGUGUCCGUUUUUGGGGUACACUUCUCGGUGUCGCUUUGUGGCAGCUCAGCUCAGUGUAAAGCUCGGUGCAGUCCGUGUCGUUGUCUCGGCCACGUGGGUCCCCCCGUGCCCGGUCCUGGGGGGUGAAACCGUGGCCGGGGAGCACCCAUCCCGCAUCGGUUUGGGUUCCAAGGAGCAAACCCGGCCCCAAGCUGCCUGCGGAGCCUGGGUCUGGCUGGGCAGUGCGGGAGGGGGAAAUAAAAGGUUUGUACCAGA